AUGAACUUAUAUGGGCAAUCUGGUCCUGUCAAAGCUAAAUUGUUUGUUACCACUCUUGCAAGAGAAGCGCAGGAAUGGUUCACCAACCUACCUAAUGGCAGCAUCAAAUCGUACGAGCAACUAUUGCAGAAAUUUACCUUUUACUUUGCGAGCAAGAGAAAGCAGAAGAGAUCUACUACACUGUUCAUGAUAAGGCAGAAAGAAGACGAAACACUUAAAAGUUUCAUGGGAAGGUUCAAUAAUGAAACUUUGGAGGUUCAAGAUCUUAGGAUCGACAUAAUGGUGAGUAUCUUCAUUCAUGGAUUAAAGAAAGGACCUUUUGCUUCAGUAUUGGCACGAGAUCUACCUACAGAUGUGGAGCGAUUGAUGGGAUUGCACAAAAAUAUAUUGAUGAGGAAGAGAUGA